CACCAGCAUCCAUUUAUGCAACACCUACACCAACACCAAACAUCCAUCCAAUCCCAGGCGAAGAUGGCGUAGCGCUUGAAAAAGAGGCAAACGACCUAAUAGUAAAAGCCUGGAGGAGAACAUUGGGUUCCCCACUCUCAGCAUCUGCACACUAUGAACAAAGUUCCGUAAGUGCUCUAAUUCCCGAGGUUGCCAGUACUCGUGCUAAUCUUUAAAGAAGGCGCCCAAAAUGUUUCAGUCUUUACGCAGACAGCUGAAACGAAUCCCGAAGCUAGGGAGUCGAAUAUUCCAUCUUCCCGCUUGGUCACGCCCUUCAGCCCGCCAUCGAAAGGCCAGCGGACCCACGCGUGACGUUGGGCAGAACAUAAGCUCCAAGAUGUCCUCUGAGCAACCCAGCAAUUCCGGUAUAGAGGCUUCACAAGCCCUCGCCCAUAGUUGGCCUCCCUUCUCCGAGCCCUCACGUGAGCAGGAAGAAGUGGAUGAGGCGGGUUUGGUGCCAAAUGCUGCAAUCGUCCUGCAACAUCCUUCGCAUUCGCCACGGAGUAACGGGGAUCCAGGGCCACACCUCGGAGUCUACACUCAAGAUGCAUCAACGGUUGCACGGGAAGUCGGCCCGGAAUGUGCGGUCGCCGAUGCGUUCGGUCAUCGAUUUGAUGACUUGCCUUUGCCUCCCGCCCCUGUAUUCGUUGCCGAUUUGGCCAGGGACUGGGCAAGAACAUCAUGGACAGGGGGUACGGGAAUUUCUGUCGCACGUACAGUCUCUCUCCCGCCGUCCAUCCUCCCCAGCUCCCGUGCAAGCAUCACUCAGUCAGACGUGACUAAUGAUCAACCAAGUCCAGUAUCUGGAUUAAAUUCCGAGUGUCCAGAGUGUUCCAACAAAUGUGCUGUCUACACGACCCCGUUAGAGCUGCAUUUCAUGAUGGAGGAAAUGGGUCGAUCUUUAAGGACUACGUGCGGAUGCGCCAACAAAUGAUAUGGUACGCGAUUGAUUGUUCCUGCGCAUCCAACAAGCCGAGGCUUAGAUGGGACGCCUCGUUCAGACUGCACCAUACAAUAUACCUUGUAUAAU